AUGACCAACACCGAACUCUCCCCAUUCUACAAGCUGACCACGCUGAGUGUCAGUGUUGUGCGGGGGAACGAUAGCCAGCAUUUGUCUAAACCACUGACCUACUUCAUUCGGGAGCCCAUCAAGCAAGACGGUUCAUAUGACCCCGAGGUAUACAGCUGGGACGAAUUUGAGGAUCUCCUCGUAUAUCGCUUGAAUUUUAACUGUCAUACCGAGGUCGUCGUCUUUUGCCAAUACGGCUCGGACAGUAAAGAAACACGGAGGCUGGAGGUGACAGACGAGCACGUUUGGUUAACUCUGUUGCUCGACAUCACGAAAAACAAUAUCGUGGUAUCGGAAUACGGCCAGCUCUACUUUAACAUCUUGCCUCAAAAGAACCACCAGCCGUCCAAGAUGUUAGGGAAUUGGCCGCAGGAAGACUUUGAAGGGAUUUUCGACGACUGGGUCGUUGUUCGAUCCCGCGGCCCCUGGUCCAGGAGCCGGUCCCCCACAGAUAGUUCUCGGCGGACUGUCAUGGAGGUUGUGGAAUAUGAGAUUGAAUCCGACGAGGAGGACACGGCGGCCCACAAUAAGCAUACUGACCAAGGGGCGGUCGCCGAUUUGCAUAGGUUUGUGUACGAGGGCGUGGACGGUGAGAUGUCCGACGACGACACCCUGACUUCAGACUCCGAGUCGAACUACAGCCAGCAAGAAGGGCCAACCACGCCUACAUUUCCGGAGUCUAAAGUCGGGUCCUUGUCUGAAAAGCCCAUCGUUCCCCGCAAGACUGUCAGCACCGUCGCAACAAGGGGCAAAGAAAAGGCUAGAGGAGGUGCCGCUACCCGGGGCACCGCCCCCACUCGCGGCAACCCACCCACAAGAGGCCUGCCCAUCUCCCGCCCUACUACUGCCUGGGGUAUACACCCCACCACCCGUGGUGGCACUCGCGGUGGCCGCGGCACCAUCGGGGGAACCAAGGCAGCCAGUCCACCACGUACCAAACCAACUCCCACCACCACCACCACCCCCCCUCCUCCACCACCACCCAUCCCUCCCCAGACCCCCCCCGCCCCCGAAACCAAAGCCACCCCCACGGCCACCUACCUCAACCUGAUCGACCUCGCGGCGGCCGAGUACCAGACGGCCAGCGUGGCCGACGCCGACUACGGGGCGGUGGACCUGGACACCACGGUCGACGCCUACGUGGGCAGCUACAACGCGGGCAACUCGGAGGCCGAGUGGAGCGCGUGCCUGGACUAUUUCAAGGUGCACGAGGCCGAGUGGCGCAAGCGCGAGUCGAUCGCGGCCGUGUCCAAGGGCGGGCGCGUGAGGGUGCCGAUGAAGAAGCUGCAGGGCACCAUGGUGGGGUUGUUUGACUACCAGCUGAUGGGGGUGUUGAAGCUGAUGACGUUUGUGUUGGGUGAUGUGUCGGGUGGGUUGUUGUGUGAUGAGCAGGGCCUGGGCAAGACGCAGGAGAUGUAUGGCCUGAUGGCGUUUGCGCAUUCGUUGAGGAAGUGUAAGAAUGAGGUCCAGGCGGCGUGGAGGAAGAGUGCUAAGGCCGCGGCCAAGCCGGGUGGGAAGCAGAAGGGGGGUUCGGUGGGUCAGCAUAACCCUCCGGGCAAGGAGGGUGCCAGGCUUUGUCCGUUCGAUGACCGGUACAGGUUUCGAUGCUACUGCUACUCGGAGCUGACGAGGCAGUUGGCGGACCGGUUGCCUGACGGGCCGAAUAUCUUGGUGGCGCCAGCCAGGAACUGCGCGUCUACCGUCAGGGAUGCGAAGUUGAAGCUGGAUACCAAGGUGUUUAAGAUCCGUGGCUUCCACGAGGGCGGCGACAAGGAGGAUAAGUUGACUCCGGCCGAGGUGCAAAAGCUGCGACCCAUCAUCACCCCAGGCGAAGACGGCAAUUGCAAGUAUCAGGCUGGUCUAGGACAGAGCGACUACAUCAUUAUCGUCUCACCCGAGUUCAUCCCCCGACUCAUGACCCACUUCGCUAUGAAAGUCUCUGGGGGCGUGGGCAAGAUGAGCGGGCUGCUGCCCGGUAUGAUCCUCAUGGACGAGUUCCACGAGUAUGCCAUAGCCAAGGACUGUGAGGAGAGCCGGAUCGAGGCCUGGCUUCAGCAUCUCAAGAAGUGCUGCCUCGACUCGAACCAGCCGACCCCGUUGACAUACUUUGUCUCGGGGACUCCUUUUGGUGAGACCCCGGCCGAUAUCCACCCAACUAUCUCAUUCCUGGAGAAGGAGGUCUGGAAGGAUGAGAACCAUCGGUUGAACGGCGCCACCGUUGCUUCGUUCGACGCGCUGGUUGACACCUUCAACAAGCUGACCAGAAUCCAAGCCGAUGGAGAGACAGUUCCCACUCCCGAUAUUGUUGACUACCGUCACCGGCUGGACCGCGUGCUGAAGCCCAUGAUGCUUCGCCGUCUCGGCACCGACCAGUUCCAGGGCCGCAACCUGACCGACGUCGGGCCGCUCAAGGUCAACAUCACCGACCACAACCUCCCCUCCCAUCUCACGGAUGACAUGCAAGCGCUCGCCAACAGAACUCGCGACCUCGCCGCCGCAGCAGCCGCCAAGCAAGGCAUCCCCCUCCCGCGGUUCCUGCGCAGCAAAGCCGGCGAAGCCAUCUUCCUCAAGCUCCGGCUCGCGUCUACUUUCCCGGGCAUCGCCGCCCCCAGCAGCGCCGAGUUCAACUUCAACAUCGCUGAGAUCCAUGCCAACCUCGCCGCGGCCAGAUUCGACGUCACCAAAACCCCCUACCACGAGCUCAUCCCCGCCUGGUCCGCCGGCAGCCCCAAGCUCGAAACCCUCACCCAAACCAUCGCCACCAUGCUCAACGACAAAUCCCCCAUCCCCGGCGCCCCCAGCGUCUCCAAAAAGCUCUGCAUUUUCACCCCCCUCGAAGCCGAAGCCGUCCUCCUACAAAGCUACCUCCUCCUCAAACGCACCCACCCCGCCUUCCGCCACCUCAAACCCAUCCUCCUUCACAGCAGCCUGUCGCAAACCGAACGCCAGCGCGUCCUCGACAGCUUUCUGACGGAGGGCAACUUCCCGCCCAACGUACUCGUCACACCCGUGGCGCUCGCCGGCACGGGGCUCAACCUGCAGCGGGCGCGGUACAGCACGGUGACGGGCCCGGCGUGGACGAAGCGCGAGAACCAGCAGGCGUACUACCGGAUCCACCGGGUCGGGCAGCGGCAGGAGACGCGGCUGGGGCUGCUGACGAGCCGGUGGAACCCGGCCGAGCGAGUGGUGCUGGGCGCGUACGAGGGGCGGGGCGUGGAGGGGGACGGGCUCGGGGAGGAGGUGUGGGAGGUGGGGAACCGGUUUUGUGCGGCGGCGGCGGAGGAGGCUAAGGCUGGUGGGAAGGGGGGGAUGGUGGAGAGGCAUCAGGGUGCGCGGGUGGAGGAUGAUGUGGAGAGAAGGGAGAGGGAGAAGGCGGAGAAGAUUGCUGAGAAGUUUAGUUUUUUUUGA